UUUUCUAAGAGCCAGGUGGAGAGCUUCGCCGUCGCGUUUGACGAAGGAAGAGCGAACUUUACUCAGGGAAAGGACUGUGGGCCCAGAGACUGAAGCCAGGGUUCGCGGGUGUCCCCAGCCCGGACGGCCACUGUGCAGGGUCAGGGUGUGUGUGGGGGUCCCCCCUGCCGGGUCCGGGUCUGCCACGGAGACUCGGGCCAAGUCCCAGCCGCGGCCACGGAGGUGCCGCUUCUCGGGGCAGUUGCGGGAGUGUGUCUGGAAGAUGCGCUGCGGGUCGUGGGCGCGCGAGGGCUCCGGGACUAAGCGGCCGCCCUCCUCUGCCCGAGACACCUGAGCAUGGCGCGCGGGAGCCGCACCUGGCGGGGGAGCGGAUUCCCGGGAGCAGGCAGGCCGAGGCCGCGCGCGGCGCCCUGACACGCGGGCCCGGCUCCUGCCCCCGGCUCUGACUCAUCUUCUGACGCUUGGGGGAGGAGAGAUCGGCGCUGGGUAUUUUUGGCUUUCCCCCAUAAAAUGGGAAACAGUUGCCUCGGUCCCGAGUCUUGAACGGCGUCUCGGCGGGCUUCUCGUCGGCAGUCCUCCUCUUGGCUGGCCGCAGAUCUGAGACUUGCUGUGUCCUCCGUAACCGGCACUGCUCACUGAGGACUUUCUAGAUCCAGACCAAGGGCCAGAGUGUUCACCGGAUACCUCAGCAAGAAGGAGGCUGUAACUUCGGAUUCCUUCGUGAAGGAAAACCACACACUCUGGUCUUGGCCCCGCCGACGAUGCAAGUGUGACUGCUGGCAUCUUCAUGAGCUCCAGAGGUCACAGCACGCUACCGCGGACUCUCAUGGCUCCUCGGAUGAUUUCCGAGGGCGACACAGGAGGCAUUGCUCAGAUUACCUCCUCUCUCUUCCUGGGCAGAGGCAGUGUGGCCUCCAACCGGCACUUCCUCCAGGCUCGUGGCAUCACCUGCAUCGUCAAUGCAACCAUCGAGAUCCCCAAUUUCAACUGGCCCCAAUUUGAAUAUGUUAAAGUGCCUCUGGCUGACAUGCCUCACGCCCCCAUUGGACUGUACUUUGACUCCGUGGCUGACAAGAUCCACAGUGUGAGCCGGAAGCAUGGGGCCACGUUGGUGCACUGUGCCGCAGGGGUGAGCCGCUCGGCCACCCUGUGCAUCGCUUACCUGAUGAAAUUCCACAACGUGUGCCUGCUGGAGGCGUACAACUGGGUGAAGGCCCGGAGACCUGUCAUCAGGCCCAACGUAGGCUUCUGGCGGCAGCUGAUAGACUACGAGCGCCAGCUCUUUGGGAAGUCGACAGUUAAAAUGGUACAGACACCUUAUGGCAUAGUGCCAGACGUUUAUGAGAAAGAGUCCCGCCACCUGAUGCCUUACUGGGGGAUUUGAUGCCACCACAGCCCCAUGAGCAGUACCAGCAUCUGCUACACACCAUCUGCUCUCCUCAUCAUCUUUCCUUUCAAAUGGUUGACUUUUGGUUCUCCCUCCAGUGUUUCUACACUAUAGGUGUUCAGGUUUAUUUUAAGAGACAGGGAAGGGUGGGAAUAAGGGGAAUGCAUUCAUUGCUAGUAACAUUUUUAAAACUAGCAUUUUGGAAUAGCCUUUAUGAAAAUCUUUAACUGGCUUUUAAUCAUUUUUAACAAUUUAAACAGUUUAACAAACUGGUUCUGCUCUACCCUGAAUUUCAUACCUUUUGGCACCAUGGCAGGUGCAGGAGGAGCUCAGUGCAAAAAUCACUUUGGGUCCUGAUUAACCCUUUAGAGACAAGCUUUGCCCAAGGCUGCAGACCAGACAAAUGCUUAGGGAAGAUUAAUACCAGCUGCUGUCUCUACUGGAUUAGUCCUCUUCUAUACUUUCACCUCUAUGAUUUAGUGACUCUGUAAGUUAAAAUAAAUAAGCCUUUAUUAUUUAGUUGUUAAGUAAUUACAAUGAAGUCUGCUACAAAGAUCCUCUUGGAACCAAUGUGCCCCAGGAUUAUAUUAGCAUUAUUUUUAAUAAAUAUAUCUGCUUACCAUA